AUGUUCGCCGGCAGCGAUCGAGGUCUAGACGGCCGACCUUUGGCAGAUGCAUACUCAGCCGGACGACCUCCUGCAGGCUUCGGAGCCUCACCUGGGAGCUCUCUUUCUGGAACUGGCUCUUCCUACUCCUCGAGAGGCAGCAGCAGCAGAGGUCCGCCUUGGCAGCGUGUAGUGGACCGCUUCCAAUGCCUACGGGAUGACCCGGAUUGCCGCAAUGGAGUGAUCCUGCAUGCAGGCCUAAUGCUGCUGAUCAUCAUCCUAGCCUGCUCUCGUAAGAUUCUCGUGGCUUCACCUCCUGCAGCAAAGGAUGCCAAGACUAGUAGUGGAAGCAGUAGCAGCAGCAAGAGCAGUAGAAAGGUCAGCAAAGCCAAAGUGCAUAGCUUGAUCGUCUACCCGAUCAAGAGCUGUGCGGGCGUCGAAUUGCAGGAGGCACAUAUUGGCAGGAAAGGACUGGAGCUUGAUCGCAGGUGGAUGAUAGUACGGAGAGGGAAGGUCGCCGCUGGUGAGCAAGGCAAGUGGGACAAGAUGAGCUUGAGAGAGGAGCCGAAGCUCACUCUCAUCCAGCCAGGCAUCGAGUCAGAUCAUCUGUCUCUCUCCAUCUCAUCACUUGCCCGCUCGGACCUGCAGCCUAUCAAGAUCCCACUAGACGUAAACCAGUCAUGGGCCACUCUCCCCGCCAUCGAGAUGUGGGGCGACACAGCUGGCGGCCGCAUCGUACAGUGUCUCGACCCUUCAGCCUCUCUGUCUCCAAGCUCCUGGCUCUCGUCUUUCCUCGGCUACCCGGUUCAUCUCAUACAAUUUGAUCCGCAAGGUCCCAAGCGGGACGCCUUUCCCUUCUACAGGCGGCCAGACCUGGUAGACGAGACAGGCUCGGAGAUGGACGAGCUGAGGAAGCCGAGGGGGAUCGAAUUUCAGGACGAGUAUCCGCUCCUGAUCGCAAGCAUCGAGUCGCUGCAGGCUCUUCAAGAGCAGAUCAGAGACGCCGUCCUUGCUUCGGAUGAGACGACGGAUGGAAGGGGCGGUCCACGGGUGGGUGGUAAGCUCUUCAAAGCGGAGAAUUGGAAGGAGAAGGUGACCUCUGCUGAUGAGAAGACGGCUGCUCCAUGGCUGAGCAUGCUGCGCUUCAGACCAAACAUCGUCAUCACUGGCGGCAGUGCAUCGGGCACCAGCUCAAUCGAGCCCUGGGAGGAGGACAAGUGGACCAUGCUAGAGAUCGACACAUUCGCUACUACGUCCAGCUCUGCCAACGACAGCAAGCCUCCAACACAAUCUUCCUCGAGCGCUGUACCGCUCCAGCUACACCUCUCAGCACACUGCGAGCGCUGUCUCCUCACCGCCGUCGACCCCAUCACAGCGGAACGAGACGUAAGUAUUCCCCUGGCCUUCCUGCGUCGCAGUCGCAAUGAGGUCAAAGUCCACCCGCUUGGGCCUGAUGGGUUACCUCUAGGCAAAGCGAGCAUCGUGGCAGGCAAGGAAGGGAAGAAGGGACCUUGCUUUGGAGUCUAUGGUGUGCCUGCUGCUCCUGAGGAGAAAGCGGGAGCAGCCAAGGGACAGGGGCUGGUGAGGGUUGGAGACGAAGUGAGAUGUUACUGGAGAUCGAAUGAUGGGAUGGGGGACUGA